AUGUGGACUGUGGAGUUGCCAUGUCACUGUACUGUAACUAAGAAGCAAGGCUGGGUUAAUGUCAGGUGCCAGACCAUGUCACUACCUGAUCAUAUUGCCUAUCCCGCGCAUCCGACCCCCACCCUAGCCUAUCUCGCGCAGCCGCCCUCCACCUCAGCCUAUCCCGCGCAGCCGACCCUCCUUCUCAGCCUAUCCCCCUCAGCCGACCUCCACUCCAGCCUAUCCCGCGCAGCCGACCUCCACCCCAGCCUAUCCCGCGCAGCCGACCUCCACCUCAGCCUAUCCCGCGCAGCCGACCCCCACCCCAGCCUAUCCCGCGCAUCCGACCCCUACCCCAGCCUAUCUCGCGCAGCCGCCCUCCACCUCAGCCUAUCCCGCGCAGCCGACCCUCCUUCUCAGCCUAUCCCCCUCAGCCGACCUCCACCCCAGCCUAUCCCGCGCAGCCGACCUCCACCCCAGCCUAUCCCGCGCAGCCGACCUCCACCCCAGCCUAUCCCCCUCAGCCGACCUCCACCCCAGCCUAUCCCCCUCAGCCGCCCCCCACCCCAGCCUAUCCCGCGCAGCCGACCCCCACCCCAGCCUAUCCCGGGCAGCCGACCCCCACCCCAGCCUAUCCCGCGCAGCCGACCUCCACCUCAGCCUAUUCCGCGCAACCGACCUCCACCCCAGCCUAUCCCGGGCAGCCGACCCCCACCCCAGCCUAUCCCGCGCAGCCGACCUCCACCUCAGCCUAUCCCGCGCAGCCGACCCCCGGCCCAGCCUAUCCCGGGCAGCCGACCCCCACCCCAGCCUAUCCCGCGCAGCCGACCCCCACCCCAGCCUAUCCCGCGCAGCCGACCUCCACCUCAGCCUAUCCCGCGCAGCCGACCCCCACCCCAGCCUAUCCCGCGCAGCCGACCCCCACCCCAGCCUAUCCCGCGCAGCCGACCUCCACCUCAGCCUAUCCCGCGCAGCCGACCCCCACCCCAGCCUAUCCCGCGCAACCGACCCCCACCCCAGCCUAUCCCGGGCAGCCGACCCCCACCCCAGCCUAUCCCGCGCAGCCGACCCCCACCCCAGCCUAUCCCGCGCAGCCGACCUCCACCUCAGCCUAUCCCGCGCAGCCGACCCCCACCCCAGCCUAUCCCGCGCAGCCGACCCCCACCCCAGCCUAUCCCGCGCAGCCGACCUCCACCCCAGCCUAUCCCCCUCAGCCGCCCCCCACCCCAGCCUAUCCCGCGCAACCGACCCCCACCCCAGCCUAUCCCGGGCAGCCGACCCCCACCCGAGCCUAUCCCGCGCAGCCGACCCCCACCCCAGCCUAUCCCGCGCAGCCGACCUCCACCUCAGCCUAUCCCGCGCAGCCGACCCCCACCCCAGCCUAUCCCGCGCAGCCGACCCCCACCCCAGCCUAUCCCGCGCAGCCGACCUCCACCUCAGCCUAUCCCGCGCAGCCGACCCCCACCCCAGCCUAUCCCGCGCAACCGACCCCCACCCCAGCCUAUCCCGCGCAGCCGACCUCCACCUCUGCCUAUCCCACGCAGCCGACCCCCACCCCAACCUAUCUCGCGCAGCCGACCCCCACCCCAGCCUAUCCCGCGCAGCCGACCUCCACCCCAGCCUAUCCCCCUCAGCCGCCCCCCACCCCAGCCUAUCCCGCGCAGCCGCCCCCCACCUCAGCCUAUCCCGCGCAGCCGCCCCCCCACCUCAGCCUAUCCCGCGCAGCCGCCCCCCACCCCCGCCCACCCCACCCACGGCCGCCGGUCCCAUUCCGCGGGCCACUUUGAUCGUCCUUCGCGCAACAUUUUCAUUAGCACUAAAGCAUCCAUUAACCUCAAUUCUCAGCGGUUCCCAAUAUUGUGUCGCAUUUUGUUCCCCUCUUUCGAUGAGAUUAAACCUGCUAGGAGUUUGGGAUUACUUACUACAUAA